UCCGGGGUCCACCACCCCUGAGAGCUGGCUGCGGGCUCAGGCCCGCCCCUGCCAGCCUUGGGACGCACCGCUCCACCCUCAGCCAGCCUGCGCCGGCCCUCGACCCAGGAUUUCUGGGGCAUUGGCCGCGCCUCUGGGUGAUCCCUCCGGGCUCAAGUUGCAAGGGGGCGGGCCCCGGCCGGAGGUGGAGUCUCCCGCCAAUUCAAGCUUUGGCUAUAAAUUGAGCUCCCUGCGCCAUCGAAGACCAGAUGCCUCGCCAGGCCGCCUCGCGGUUGGUGGUGGGAGAAGGUGAAGGACCCCCGGGGGCUUCGGGGCCCGCGGCCACCAUGCUCCGCUCCCUGCUGCUUCACUCUCUGAGGCUCUGCGCCCAGACCGCCUCGUGCCUCGUGCUGUUCCCGCGCUUCCUAGGCACAGCCUUCAUGCUCUGGCUUUUAGAUUUCUUGUGCAUCCGCAAGCAUUUCCUGCGUCGUCGUCAUCCUGACCACCCCGAGCCCGAAGUAGAGCUCAACAGUGAAGGCGAGGAGGUGCCCCCCGACGACCCACCCAUCUGCGUAUCAGACGACAACCGUCUGUGCACCCUGGCCUCUCUCAAGGCCGUGUGGCAUGGCCAGAAGUUGGAUUUCUUCAAGCAGGCCCACGAGGGUGGCCCUGCACCUAACUCAGAGGUCAUCCGACCUGAUAGCUUCCAGAGCCAACGCAUCCUUGACUAUGCUCAAGGGAGCCGCCCACUGGUUCUCAAUUUUGGCAGCUGUACCUGACCACCGUUUAUGGCGCGAAUGAGCGCCUUUCAGCGCCUGGUCACCAAGUACCAACGUGACGUUGACUUUCUCAUCAUCUACAUCGAGGAAGCCCACCCAUCCGACGGCUGGGUCACCACAGAUUCGCCCUACACCAUCCCACAGCACCGUAGCCUGGAGGACCGUGUCAGUGCGGCAAGGGUACUGCAGCAAGGUGCCCCUGACUGUGCUCUGGUCCUGGACACCAUGGCCAACUCCAGCAGUUCCGCAUAUGGUGCCUAUUUUGAGCGCCUCUAUGUCAUCCAGAGUGGCACCAUCAUGUACCAGGGAGGUCGUGGCCCCGACGGGUACCAGGUGUCUGAGCUUCGCACUUGGCUGGAGCACUAUGAUGAGCAGUUGCAUGGUACUAGGCCACGUCGAUUCUAAAUAGC